CUAAGCAGUGGUUUUGUUAGAUAAUUAACAAAACUUUUCCUGCAAAAAAACAAUUAACAAAACCAUUCAACCAACCAAAGCGGAGAAUCCAAAUCCAACAAGAAAUCAAAUUCCUUUGGGUUCAAAACACUUGUAUGAUUUGGGAAGAGCUUAGAUUAUCUCAUAUUGAUUGGAUUGAAUUGAAUUGAAUGGAGCAGGAUGGAUGCAUAUUGUCUGACCAAGUACGCACCAACGGCCGCACAACGACGGCGACACUUUCCACCGCCGGUCAACUCCAGUGGGACUACCACCGGCUGGACAUCGAGAAGCAGGUAUUAGGUUUCUCCGUCGACGGAUUGAAGAUCAAAUUUAGAGCGGUUGUGGAAGCCGAAGCUGGAAUCUGCUGCUGCACUAGUAAAUCCGCCCUGAUUAGGAAGACCUUCACGCUGGAGUUAUUAUCGAAUGAUUCUCUUCGAAUCUGGACUGAAAAACUUCAGGAUUAUCUGGAUUCACUAGGCAGGCCGAAACGGCUGUUUGUAUUUGUGAAUCCCUACGGAGGGAAGAAAUCGGCGUCGAAGAUUUUUCAAAAUGACGUGAAGCCCUUACUCGAUGAUGCGAGCGUGGAGUAUACCGUACAAGAAACCAAACACCAGUUGCACGCUAAGGAAGUCGUUCAGACGCUGGAUCUGGCAAAAUUUGAUGGGAUUGUUUGCGUUAGUGGAGAUGGAGUUCUAGUGGAGGUGCUAAAUGGACUGCUCAUUAGGGAGGACUGGGAGAAGGCAAUAAGGAUACCUCUUGGAGCAGUACCUGCAGGAACUGGAAAUGGCAUGGCAAAGUCGCUUCUAGAUUCACAUGGUGAACCAUGUGCAGCAUCUAAUGCUGCUCUUUUUAUUAUUCGAGGGCAUAAGUGCUCACUGGAUAUAGCUACUAUAUCACAAGGGGAAACUAGAUUUUUUAGCAUGUUAAUGCUGGCAUGGGGUCUUGUGGCUGAUAUUGAUAUUGAGUCUGAGAAAUACAGAUGGAUGGGAAGUGCUCGAUUGGAUUUCUACGGUCUUCAACGAAUAUUUGGUCUCAGGAGGUACAACGGCAAUAUAAUUUUUGUGCCAGCACCGGGUUAUGAAUCUUAUGGAGAGCCAUUAGAUCUAGAAAAGAAUAUAAUUAUAGAUGAUGAAAGUGCAAUUAAAUCGGAGGAUGGACUUGUUAGGGAUCCAGCGUAUGGCUAUCAGGGUCCUAAAGUUGAUAUAAAGAGUUUAAACUGGCGGAUGAUUGACGGACCUUUUGUUUCAGUCUGGCUCCAUAAUGUACCUUGGGGAGCUGAAGAUACUAAAGCAGCCCCUGAUGCCGAGUUUUCAGAUGGGUGUUUGGACCUGAUCAUGAUAAAGGAAACUCCCAAACUGCCAUUGCUAAAGUUGAUGACUGAAUUAAACAGUGGAGGCCAUGUUAAAUCCCCUUAUGUUUCUUAUCUGAAGGUGAAGGCAUUCAUUUUGCAGCCUGGUCCACGAACCGAUGACCCAACUAAAGCUGGGAUCAUAGAUGUGGAUGGAGAAGUUUUGGCCAGAGGGAGUGGAGCAUACAAGUGUGAAGAAGAUACAUUGAUGAGAUACGACAGAUUACUUAUUAGAGUUGAUCAAGGUUUGGCUACUUUAUUUACUCCGCAUUAGCAUAAUCUGAAUGUGAUUUAUUUAUUAAUCAUGUAUACCUGUAUUUGUGAUCCUUUUAUUAUAACCUGAUGCAACUAUAAAUAAGAGAGUUUGAUUUCGAA